UACACAGGCGGAAGUAAACAAACAAAGGCCUCAUUACCGUCCCACGUGUAUGUGGCUGAUCACAAAGACUGCUGUAUUGUGUUGUGUGAGCUGAGUGUGUGAGCUGCCGCAGUAACAAUGUCUUCAGUUCAGUAUCUGAGAGAGUUUGUCAACGAGCGACUAACUGCUGCUGCUGAACAAAUAUUCUUGGAGUUUGAAAAAACGAUCGUCCAGUAUGAGCAAGAGAUCGACCGUCAGCGCAGACUGAUGGAUAUCACCUGGAAACCCGAAAUAAAGCUGCACAGGACAGAUGUCCCACAGCAGCAUGUCUGUAAGGAGGAGGAAGUUGUCGCUGACCAGCAGCUGUGGAACCAGGAGACGAGCCCCAAUCUGGACCAGGGGGAACCAGAACCUCCACAGAUUAAAGAGGAACAGGAGCAACUCUCUAGCAGUCAGGAGGGAGAGCAGCUGGUACUGAAGGAGGAGAUUCAUGCCUUUAUGGUGACUGCUGCUGAGGAAAAAGACCACAGUGAACCAGAACCAAAAAGAGACCAUCUCAACUGUGUCAGCUCUGCUGUAGCUGUGAGAGAAUAUCAGGGAGCAGGGAAGAAAGAAGGUCACAAUAAUGUAGAAUACCAACCUACACCAGACAGUCAGUAUCCAGAUGUACAGGUACAGGUGGUUUGGUCCUCCACUGGCCCACAGCUGAUCUGUCAGAGCAGCUGUUUUCCUUCUGGUCAUUCAUUCUUUGUCUGGUAUAAGAAUGAAGAGGAAAUUCUUGGAGAAUCUUCUUCCUUAUACACAAAAUAUGCUGAUGGUCCCGACAGCUACUCCUGUGCUUACGAGGGUCACUGCUCUAACCCAGUGUGUGAGUUUACUUCACAGUGCCACUUAACAAAUGAUCAUCUUUGAUCGUCAGUUGUUAUAUUACAGACAGAUUAAAUCAUGUGAAUAAAGUACAAGUAGGAAAUAUGAUAAGUAUUGUAUAUGAAACAUAUUUAAAGAGAAACCAAGAAAUUAAAAAAACAUCAAAUGAUUAAAUUGAUUGUAUCCAUCCAUCUUAUCCAGUGAUCUUUGACUAAUCCUGAAAGUUAUCUUUGGUUGUUUGUAAUCCAACAGUGAAACAACUUUGUCUUACUGCUCAACUGCUUCUUAGAUUUAAUUCACAGAUAUCAGUUACUGUUGGAACCUGUUGACAAAAUAAUUUUAAUUAAAGUCAAGGUUUCAUUUUUUUGAGUGUAGUAUUGUUGUAAAGUAUGUUGUUAUAUUUUACUUAUUCCUAUUCUAAUGUGUUUUUCUUAACUUUUACUGUUUUCAAACUUUCCCAAAUUUCCCACGUGUGGGUUAAGUCCCACACGUGGGAAAUUUGGGAAAGUCAGCGCUCUUCUGUGGAAAAAAACAGAGGCGAUUAAUUCACUUGGGUGCUAGUGGGUAUACUGUCGGUAAGAGACUUUUGCCGUUUUGUUUGGAUCAUUUGUCAAACAAAAUGGCAAAAUGGCACUGACAUGUUUGCAGCGCCAACACUGUUUCUGUCACACUACAGGUACGUGCCCGUGUCUGGUGAUAUGACUUUUGAAAAAAAAAACAACACAAUUCUGCACCAUCAGCUCUGCCUCUAAUUGCCACUGCCAUGCCUGUGGCACUCUGCUCUCUGUACGUCGCCAUAUUAAUAAUCUGAAUAGCCUUCUUGUUGAGUGCCUCAGGUCGUACCAAGCCAUCUCCAAUGAAGGAGUGAAUCGACUCAGGCACUGUGGGUAGGUGCCCAUUUUUAAUGUGUUCUGUUGGACUUUUUUAGUGUGACCAUGAGUUUUAAUAGAAGAAUUGAUCAAGCCCUAGAUCGACUGCGCGCAGGGCAACUGAUCAAUAUUGUUGGUAUAUUGAGUGUUUGUUUUAGCUUUGUGAUUUUGAAUGGUUUCAUAAAAUUGAUAUUUUAUUGGGUAAUAUUGUAAUCGAUAAUGUUGUUUGUGUUUUUCAGCUGUGCUGUCUCUGCUGUCCUUUUUUCGUCCUUUUGAUUGAUUUGGAAUUUUGUUUUGGUUAGUCCGUCCAGCUGUAAAGACGGUUAUUGAUUGGGAGUGAGUUGUGUAAGGGCGGACUAACCUCCUUUUUUGUUUGUUUAUUUGUUUGUGCCACUUCCCCUUAUAUCCCAGAUUACAGGUCAUGCAUAGUGCUGCUUUCCAGCUGUGCUGAGACCCGAAUUGUUUGCGGUGCGUGCCACAGGUAAAUCGAUUGCAGUGUCGCUAAAAGGGGUGUAACGGUUUGCAGUGUUGUGUUAUUUUUCGCACCAUUUGUGUGGUAAGUCUCAUGUGCAGCUGGGAUAUCAGCAGGAUGUGUUGUAAGUCCUGUCUGGAAAUAACUGGGAAUUUGUAUGUCUAAUUAAUGUAAUAAAUAAAUUAUCAAUUUAUUUCUUUGCCCUGUUUACUCAUCCCUUGUCCUCGGUUACAAAUAUCAACAUUUCUAAGUUACAUUUGAAUGGCAGCUAAGAUAAAGUUGAAAUCAUAGCAUUACUGACCUACAGGGAGUGCAGAAUUAUUAGGCAAAUGAGUAUUUUGUCCACAUCAUCCUCUUCAUGCAUGUUGUCUUAC